UUCUUCUCCAAUGCUUCUUCUGCGGAUUUUGCUGUUAUUAUUUUGUUAGCAUAUAACCAUCAAUCCAUCUCUCUCUCUCCUGUUUUCAACGAUUCUUCUCUUAUUGCAUUCUUCAUCCAAAUAUCCAUUUCUCUCUCUCGACUCUGUGUUCCUCUCUCUCUAGAUAUUUCCUCUAUCGGCUCAUGGCGCCCUACUGUUUCAUAUGAGUUUUUGGCAGAUGGAUGAAAUUUGAGACUCUGUGAAGUUCCAUGAUGAUAGUUGUAGAUAUUCUUGGACUCUGUUGCAGCAGAAGCUUCUAUAGCAAGGUCGUGCUACAAAGGACUGCUGGUUUUAGAUGAUAACUGCUUGCAGCUUGUAGAGGCUGCCCACAAGCAUGUUGAUAACUUUCUGGUUAAUAAUCAACAGUACUUAUAAUGAAAAGCCAGUACCUUACUGCAUAUUGUAUUACGUGGUGGACAUAAGCACAGAUGUGUACAUAGAAAUAAUUGAAAAUCACUGCCUAGACAGUGUACAAACCUCUUUCAAGAGGUUAGAAGUCCAUUGACCUAAAAGGAUUGUUUCGGUUUUAGUGAAUCAAAAAUGGAAAGAUAUAGAAUUUUGGCAGAGCUUGGUAAUGGAACAUCCGGGAGUGUAUAUAAAGCCGUACAUAUUGAAACAUCUGACAUUGUUGCAGUAAAAAAAAUGAAGAGAAAGUUCUAUCACUGGGAGGAAUGUGUAAACCUGCGAGAAGUAAAGUCUCUACGUAAACUGAAUCAUCCUAAUGUCAUCAAGUUGUUGGAGAUUGUCCAAGAAAAUAAUGAGCUUUUCUUCAUAUUUGAGUACAUGGACCAUAACCUAUACCAAAUAAUGAAAGAUCGGCAAGAGUCUUUUUCAGAGGAAGAGAUACGAGGCUUGAUGUAUCAGGUGCUGCAAGGUCUUGCACAUGUGCAUAAACAUGGAUAUAUUCAUCGGGAUUUAAAACCUGAGAAUUUGCUGGUGACAAAUAACAAAAUAAAGAUUGCUGACUUUGGACUGGCUAGAGAAUUGUCAUCCAUACCUCCCUAUACUGAUUAUGUAUCCACUCGCUGGUAUCGAGCUCCAGAGGUAUUGUUGCAAUCGUCAUUCUAUACCCCUGCCAUUGAUAUGUGGGCUAUUGGUGCCAUACUUGCUGAGCUUUUCACUUUGUGUCCCAUUUUUCCUGGGGAAAGUGAAAUCGAUCAAUUAUACAAGAUAUGCUGUGUACUUGGGGCACCAGAUUGGAAGACAUUUCCUGAGGCUACAAACAUUUCUCGAUUAGUUGAUAUCACUUAUUCAGAAAUUAUGGCUGCUGAUCUUUCUGAUGUUAUCCCAAAUGCAAGCUUGGAAGCCAUAGACUUGAUCAAGCAACUUUGUUCGUGGGAUCCAUUAAAGAGGCCAACUGCAGAUGAAUGCAUGCGGCAUCCCUUUUUCCAUGUCUCCAUGCGGAUUCCUCGUGCACCUGCAGAUGCGUUCCAGUUAAAUCUAGGAUCUGAACCAAAUCUUGAACUGAACCUGUGGAACUUUGGGACGGCAGCAGAUGAUUGUUUUCUUGGCCUGACAUUGGCAGUGAACCCUAGUGCUCCAAACUUGGAGGUCAACAAAAAUCAAGGUACUGAAGAGGAUGUGAAGAUCUACUCUGGUCUUCAUGAUCAUUCACCGCAAUCUGUUUUCUGGUCAUUGUUUCCCUGUGAUGGCAAUAUAAUUACAACGUCGGUGGAGUCAUCCCUCUCCUUAUCAUUUGGGUCAGUUCCACAUCCGUCAAUUGGAGUACCACAAUCAGCAGGAUUUGCAAUGGCAUCUUUUCAGCCCAAUAUCUUAGAGCGUCCCCUACUGGCGACGCCCUCCCCCCUCCGGCCGGGCCAUUAUUACCUUUGAAAUGUACAGGUUAUGGAAAUUGGCAUAGUUACAGCUUAUGAUUCUCUCCAAGUUAAAUUGAUCUGAACGACUAUACUUCCUCCUCACUGAUUAGUGUUAUGGUAACAUGUAAUGGAUGCUAUCUUAGGUCAAACAUUAGGGAGUUACUUAUGAAAGUUAGCAUAUGAAGUAACUAGACAUGAGAGUAGUGUUGCUUAGGAUGUUUGAAUGAUGCCUUUCCUUUAAUAUUUGGAAUGAGAAAUCGAGAAUCAUUACUGAUAUCGGUUUGGAUUAAGCCUUUCUUACUACAAUAUAUGAUCCCAUUUUUUGGCUU